AUGGCCGAAUUUGUUAUCAAGGACGAGGACUUGGUAAGCCUGAAGAACAAAGUUGUUAUCGUCACAGGCGGUUCGUCAGGUAUAGGUCUAGCAACAGUCAAGCUGUUGCUAUCCUUAGGAGCAUCAGUUGUCAGCGGAGAUCUCACCGAGCCAGUCGAGUCACCUACUUCCGCCUUUUUGUUCGUGAAAAGCGACGUCGCCAGCUGGAGGGACCUGAGUGCAUUGUUCAAGAAAGCAAAGAAACAAUAUGGCCGUAUCGAUUAUGUUUUCGCCAACGCCGGCGUUGGACCACGCGCCAACUAUUUGGCCAUUGAAACAGAUGAGAAGGGGGACUUGAUUGAGCCCAACAACCUAGUCUUGGACGUCAUGUUGAAAGGAGCCAUGAAUACCGCUUGUUUGGGUGUUCACUAUAUGAAACAGCAACCUGAAGGAGGUAGUAUUGUGCUCAUGGGCUCCAGCACUGGCUUGCAGCCCCUCCGAGCUCCCGAUUACUCCACGGCCAAACAUGGUGUUCUGGGGUUCGGGAGAGGUUAUGCCCGGCUCAUGGAGGUUGCGGGGCUUCCAAUUCGCAUCAAUACUCUCAUGCCAUCAUGGACGACGACCAACCUCCUCCCAGAUCUUCCGGGGCUCAUGAAGGGAGCCAAGCACCAGUCGCAGCCCGGUCUAGUGGUCGCGCGUGCUGCUGCAUAUCUGAUGGUCGAUGUAUCCAGGCAGGGAGACGUCGUGUUUGUCUGUGAUGGCAAAUAUACUGAAAUCGAGAAGACUAUACUUUGGCCGGCGUAUGAGAAGGUUAAAGGGGCCGGGAACCCUAGCGAUGAUGAGAUCCUGAAGCGCAUGUUGGAACUGCCUGCACCAGCUGCGCAAUAA